GCUGGGGCCGAGCCCAGAGCUCCGGGCGGUCGCAUUGUUUUCCUCCGCGGAUCCGCGGACAGAGUGGGGGGCUGCACUCGGACCCAGGGCUCUCCCGACCCGACAGUAACCCGGAGCCCAGAUCCAAGCACUGUCCAUUUGUGUCGCCCGUCACACGUCUCCUGAAGCCCAACUACGGAUCGCGAACUCCGUGCAGCGCGGGGCCGCUGGCCGCCCGCUGCGAUCUCUCUCCCGCUGACCCGGAUCUCGGAGCAAGUCAGAGGUCUCCUAUCCCCCUCAAACCCCCACAGGUGUCACCAUCCCAGGGCCAGCAUAUGGGUGAGGGGGCACCCCCUGGGGCCUGAGCUGCCCCGCACAGGAUGCCCCGUGUCCCCCACUUCAUGCCCUUGCUGCUGCUGCUGCUGCUGCUCUCACUUCCCCACGCCCAGGCCGCCUUUCCUCAGGACCCGCUCCCUUUGUUGACCUCUGAUCUGCAUGGUGCUCCCCCGUUAGCCUGGUUCCGGGGCCUGGAGGAUGAUGCUGUGGCUGCAGAACUUGGGCUGGACUUCCAGAGAUUCCUCACCUUGAACCGGACCUUGCUGGUGGCUGCCCGGGAUCACGUCUUCUCCUUCGAUCUUCAAGCCCAAGAAGAAAGGGAGGGCCUGGUGCCCAGCAAGUAUCUGACAUGGCGGAGCCAGGAUGUGGAGAACUGUGCUGUCCGGGGAAAGCUGACGGACGAGUGCUACAACUACAUUCGUGUCCUUGUUCCUUGGGACUCGCAGACGCUUCUUGCCUGUGGAACGAACUCAUUCAGCCCCGUGUGCCGUAGCUAUGGGAUAACUUCGCUGCAGCAGGAGGGUGAGGAGCUGAGUGGGCAGGCUCGGUGCCCGUUUGAUGCCACCCAGUCCAACGUGGCCAUCUUUGCAGAGGGCAGCCUGUACUCAGCCACAGCCGCAGAUUUCCAGGCCAGCGAUGCUGUUGUUUACAGAAGCCUGGGGUCUCAGCCCCCACUCCGCUCCGCCAAGUACGACUCCAAGUGGCUCCGAGAGCCGCACUUUGUCCACGCCUUGGAGCACGGAGAGCACGUCUACUUCUUCUUCCGAGAGGUCUCUGUGGAGGACUCCCGGCUGGGAAGGGUGCAGUUCUCCCGUGUAGCCCGCGUCUGUAAACGCGACAUGGGCGGCUCCCCUCGGGCCCUGGACCGCCACUGGACCUCCUUCCUGAAGCUGCGGCUCAACUGCUCCGUCCCUGGGGACUCCACCUUCUACUUUGAUGUGCUACAGGCCUUGACUGGGCCCGUGAACUUGCAUGGCCGCUCUGCUCUCUUUGGGGUCUUCACCACCCAGACCAACAGCAUCCCUGGCUCUGCGGUCUGCGCCUUCUACCUGGAUGAUAUUGAGCGUGGGUUUGAGGGCAAGUUCAAGGAGCAGAGGAGUCUGGAUGGGGCCUGGACCCCUGUGUCUGAGGACAGGGUACCCUCACCCAGGCCGGGCUCCUGCGCAGGAGUAGGUGGAGCUGCCUUGUUCCCCUCCUCUCGAGACCUCCCUGAUGAUGUCCUGAUCUUCAUCAAGGCCCACCCACUUCUGGACCCCGCUGUGCCGCCUGCCACCCAUCAGCCUCUCCUCACUCUCACCAGCAGGGCCCUCCUGACCCAGGUAGCUGUGGACGGCAUGGCUGGUCCCCACAGUAACACCACUGUCCUCUUCCUCGGCUCCAACGACGGGACAGUGCUGAAGGUGCUGCCCCCAGGGGGGCGCUCCGGGGGAGCUGAGCCUGUCUUACUGGAAGAGAUUGACGCCUACAGCCCCUCCCGGUGCGGUGGCAAGCGGGCUGUCCAAACAGCACGACGAAUCAUAGGGCUGGAGCUGGACACGGAGGGUCACAGGCUCUUUGUGGCCUUUUCUGGCUGUAUCGUCCACUUCCCACUCAGCCGCUGCGCCCGGCACGGGGCCUGUCGCAGGAGCUGUCUGGCUUCUCAGGACCCGUACUGUGGAUGGCAUAGCUCCAGAGGCUGCGUGGAUGUCAGAGGUGGUGGGACCGAUGUGGACUGGGUUGGGAGCCAGGAAUCCCCGGAGCAUGGUGACUGCCAAGAUGGGGCCACCGGGAGUCAGUCUGGCCUGGGGGAUUCCGCUUAUGUGCUUCUGGGUCCUGGCCCUUCCCCUGAGACCCCCAGUCCCCCCAGUGAUGCCCACCCCCGGCCCCAGUCUUCCACUCUUGGAGCUCACACUCAGGGCGUGCGCCGGGACCUCCCCCCAGCCUCGGCCUCCCGCUCGGUCCCCAUCCCACUCCUCCUGGCCAGUGUGGCCGCGGCCUUCGCCUUGGGCGCCUCGGUCUCUGGCCUCCUGGUCUCCUGUGCUUGUCGCCGCGCCCACCGACGUCGGAGCAAAGACAUCGAGACCCCGGGGCUCCCGCGCCCUCUCUCCCUUCGCAGUCUGGCCCGGCUGCACGGCGGGGGCCCAGAGCCGCCACCGCCGCCCAAGGACGGAGACGCCGCGCCCACGCCGCAGCUCUACACCACCUUCCUGCCUCCUGCCGACGGCGUGCCCUCGCCGGAGCUGGCCUGCCUGCCCACCCCAGAGUCCACGCCCGAGCUGCCCGCCAAGCACCUCCGCGCUGCCGGGGGUCCCUGGGAGUGGAACCAGAACGGGAACAACGCCAAGGAGGGCCCGGGCCGCGCGCGGGGCGGGAACGCGGCGGGCGCCCCCGCGCAGCGCGUGCUGGUGAGGCCGCCGCCGCCCGGCUGCCCCGGGCAGGCGGUGGAGGUCACCACCCUGGAGGAACUGCUGCGCUACCUGCACGGCCCGCAGCCGCCCAGGAAGGGGGCCGAGCCGCCAGCCCCGGCCCCUUUUACCUCGCGGCCGCUCCCGCCCGAGCCUGCGCCCACCCCGGCGCUAUUUGCAGACCCCAGCCCCUUACCCCGGGAGUGUGCCCCGCCUCUGAGGCUGGACGUGCCCCCCGAAGGCAAGUGCGCGGCCCCCAGCGCCCGACCCGCGCUCUCCGCCCCCGCUCCCCGCCUGGGGGUGGGGGGCAGCCGGAGGUUGCCCUUCUCCACCCACCGUGCGCCACCUGCCCUGCUCACUCGGGUGCCCUCGGGAGGGCCCGCCAGGUACUCUGGGGGUCCCGGGAGGCACCUCCUGUACCUGGGCCGGCCCGAGGGGUACCGAGGCCGCGGCCUGAAGAGGGCGGACAUGGAGAAGGCCCCGAAGCCGCCCCUCGGCGGGCCCUCUCACCCGGCCGUCCCUAGCGGCAGCCAUUUUAACUUUUAGAGAACUGCUCCCCGGCCUAGAUGGCACCCUCCAAGGCCGUGGCCGCCCCUCCUCUCCCGUCCCCCACCCCAGCGUUCCUGGACUCUGAGAGUCUCCCGGGGUCCCCUGUCCCCUCGGGUUUAUUUAUUGACUGUCGACAGUCUUCCCCCCUGUCCUCGAGAGAGGAGUGGGAGGUGAGAAGCUCGUCCCCUCGGUGAGCCACAGCAUUUCGGGGGGACCGGCAGACUCCCACUCCCCGCUCCCUAACAGCCAAGCUGCCUUAACUCGCCCCUCUGGGCGUCCUCCACAGGCUGGGCGGACUGACGGACGGGGCUGGGGCCGCGCGCGCGUUGUGUACAGAGUUCUCGGGCCUCCUGGGACUGGGACGUGCCUCCUCCUACUGUGUAGGAGCCUCCGCU